AUGUCACCAGCGCUUCAAAGCGGCAAGCGGGGCCGAGAGAGCGCACACAGUAUCAGCCGAACUUCCUUCCGUGAUGUUCCCCCGGCUGGGAGUUUCCAGAAGCCGAGGAUCUCCAGCCUGGAGCCUUCGGGCUUCCCCUGGCCCCGGGCGGACUCCCAGCUGUGGAAACCUGGGGCUGCUCGCAGCGGUUUCACUUCCCGGGGUGGCGGACCCGGAGUCGCCGGGUGGCCGGCGGUGACCCUUCCGAGGCCUGACUGCGCCUCCUCGGCGACCGCGGGCUCCCCAGUUCAGCGCGAGGCCGGAAGAGAGCCCCGGCGGUGGGCGGCGCCUGCGGGCGGCCUCGGGGUGCGCUCGGGCCGCGGGCCUGGGCCUCGGUUCCCGCGACCACGUCCGCCGCCGUCCGGGCACUACCGGGAGCGGGGCGGCGGGAGAGCCAUGCGUCGCCUGCUCCUGCUGCUGGUGCUGCUGCUCCUGCCGCGGCCGGGCGCCCCGGGACCCGGCGACGACGCGAGCCCGCCCGACGCGGCCCAGGAGCCCCUCCCGGGCCUGCGCGAGCGGCUGCGGGAGGCCGCCGCCCUCUCCCGACGGUACUGGGCGCUCCUGCGCUGCCGCGUGUGGCCCAAAGACUGUGAGCGCGCCGAGGAGGCUGGCGCCGGGCUCCCGGGCUGGAGCCUUCCCCUGUUGGGCCAGCAGUACCUGGACAUCCUGACCUCGUGGUACUGCAGCUUCCAGGCCUGCUGCGACAGUGGGGACUGCAGGAUCUCCAACAACUUCACAGGCCUGGAAUGGGACCUGAGUGUACGACUGCACGGCCAGCAUCUGGCCCGGGAGCUGGUCCUGACGACGGUGAGGGGCUACUUAGAGCUGCCCCGGCCAGACAAGGCUCUGGCUCUGUCGUUCCACGGCUGGUCAGGCACAGGCAAGAACUUCGUGGCUCGGCUGCUGGCAGAGAACCUAUACAGGGACGGGCUGCGGAGCGACUGUGUUGAGACGUUCAUCGCCACCCUACACUUUCCUCACCCGAAGUAUGUGGACCUGUACAAGGAGAAGCUGGCAAGUCAGAUCAAGGAGACACAGGAGCGCUGCCACCAGACCCUGUUCAUUUUCGAUGAGGCCGAGAAGCUACAUCCGGGAAUGCUGGAGGCCCUCAGGCCACACCUGGAACGCCAGGCUCCCGAGAACCACAGGGUAGAGUCCCGGAAAACCAUCUUUCUUUUUCUCAGUAACUUUGGCGGCAAUACCAUCAAUGAAGCUGUCCUGACUCUGCUUCAGGCCGGAGGGGCCCGGGAAGAAAUCAGCCUGGACCAGCUGGCACCCCAGCUCCAGGCCGAGAUGGCGGAGUCCACAGACACUGGCUUUGGCCACAGCUGUCUUGUCAAGGAAAACCUGAUUGACUUCUUCAUCCCCUUCCUGCCCCUGGAAUACCACCACGUGAGGCUGUGCGCACGCGAUGCUUUCCUGAGCCAGGGACUCCCGUACACAGAAGAGGCCCUGGACCAAAUUGCCAAGAUGAUGGUGUAUAUCCCCAAGGAGGAGCAACUCUUCUCUUCUCAGGGCUGCAAAUCUAUUUCCCAGAGAAUUAGCUAUUUCCUGCCUUGA